GGGUAGAUGCUGCCCUGCCCAGGCGCCACAGCCUGCGCGACAGACCAUGGAGACCUUGCUUGGCGGGCUGCUGGCGUUUGGCAUGGCGUUUGCUGUGGUCGAUGCCUGCCCCAAGUACUGUGUCUGCCAGAACCUGUCUGAGUCCCUGGGGACCCUGUGCCCCUCCAAGGGGCUGCUCUUCGUGCCCCCUGACAUCGAUCGGCGGACCGUGGAGCUGCGCCUGGGCGGCAACUUCAUCAUCCACAUCGGCCGCCAGGACUUCGCCAACAUGUCGGGGCUGGUGGACCUGACGCUGUCCAGGAAUACCAUCAGCCACAUCCAGCCCUUCUCCUUCCUGGACCUCGAGAGCCUGCGCUCGCUGCACCUGGACAGCAACCGGCUGCCCAGCCUCGGGGAGGACACCCUGCGGGGCCUGGUCAACCUGCAGCACCUCAUCGUGAACAACAACCAGCUGGGCGGCAUCGCCGAGGCCGCCUUCGAGGACUUCCUGCUCACGCUGGAGGACCUGGACCUCUCCUACAACAACCUGCACGGCCUGCCCUGGGACUCCGUCCGGCGCAUGGUCAACCUGCACCAGCUGAGCCUGGACCACAACCUGCUGGACCACAUCGCCGAGGGCACCUUCGCCGACCUGCAGAAACUGGCCCGCCUGGACCUCACCUCCAACCGGCUGCAGAAGCUGCCCCCGGAUCCCAUCUUCGCGCGCUCCCAGGCUUCCCUCCUGACCGCCACGCCCUUCGCGCCGCCCUUGUCCUUCAGCUUCGGGGGGAACCCGCUGCACUGCAACUGCGAGCUCCUCUGGCUGCGGCGGCUGGAGAGGGAGGACGAUCUGGAGACCUGUGGGUCCCCCGGGGGCCUCAAGGGCCGCUACUUCUGGCACGUGCGCGAGGAGGAGUUCGUGUGCGAGCCGCCGCUCAUCACCCAGCACACGCACAAGCUGCUGGUGCUGGAGGGCCAGGCGGCCACGCUCAAGUGCAAGGCCAUCGGGGACCCCAGCCCUCUCAUCCACUGGGUGGCCCCCGACGACCGCCUGGUGGGCAACUCCUCACGGACGGCCGUGUACGACAACGGCACCCUGGACAUCCUCAUCACCACGUCUCAGGACAGCGGCGCCUUCACCUGCAUCGCGGCCAACGCGGCGGGAGAGGCCACGGCCGCCGUGGAGGUGUCCAUCGUGCAGCUGCCCCUUCCCCCCCGCUUGCCCGGUCUGCCCCGCCUCUCCGACAUCACCGGCUCCAGCAAGACCGGCCGGGCAGGGGCAGGCAGUGGGGGCGGAGAGCCCGCAAAGGGCGCCCCGGAGCGGGCGGUGCUUGUGUCCGACGUGACCACCACCUCGGCCCUGGUCAAGUGGUCAGUCAGCAAGUCGGCGCCCAGGGUGAAGAUGUACCAGCUGCAGUACAACUGUUCGGACGACGAGGUGCUGAUUUACAGGAUGAUCCCAGCCUCCAACAAGGCCUUCGUGGUCAACAACCUGGUGUCAGGGACGGGCUACGACCUGUGCGUGCUGGCCAUGUGGGACGACACGGCCACGACUCUCACAGCUACCAACAUCGUGGGUUGUGCCCAGUUCUUCACCAAGGCCGACUACCCGCAGUGCCAGUCCAUGCACAGCCAGAUCCUGGGUGGCACCAUGAUCCUGGUCAUCGGGGGCAUCAUCGUGGCCACUCUGCUGGUCUUUAUCGUCAUCCUCAUGGUGCGCUACAAGGUCUGCAACCACGAGGGCCCUGGGAAGAUGGCAGCGGCAGCUGUCAGCAACGUGUACUCACAGACCAACGGGGCCCAGCCACCGCCCCUGGGAAGUGUGCCCGCUGGGCAACCCCCACAGGGGCCACCCAAGGUUGUGGUGCGGAAUGAGCUCCUGGACUUCAGUGCCAGCCUGGCCCGAGCCAGUGACUCUUCCUCCUCCAGCUCCCUGGGCAGCGGGGAGGCAGCAGGGCUGGCACGGGGCCCCUGGAGACUCCCACCCCCUGCCACCCGCCCCAAGCCCAACCUUGACCGCCUGAUGGGGGCCUUCGCCUCCCUGGACCUCAAGAGUCAGAGGAGGGAGGAGCUGCUUGACUCCAGGACUCCGGCCGGGAAAGGGUUUGGGACACAGGGGAGGGGCCACCACUCAGACCGAGAGCCACUGCUGGGGCCCCAGGCCGCCCGUGCCAGGAGCCUGCUCCCCUUGCCCCUGCAAGGCAAGACCAAGCGCAGCCACUCCUUCGAUAUGGGGGACUUCGCAGCUGCAGCGGCUGCGGCGGGUGGGGUGGCCCCUGGUGGCUACAGUCCCCCGCGGAGGGUCUCGCACAUAUGGACGAAGCGCAGCCUCUCCGUCAACGGCAUGCUCUUGCCCUUCGAGGAGAGUGACCUGGUGGGGCCCCGGGGGACCUUCGGCAGCUCUGAGUGGGUGAUGGAGAGCACCGUGUAGCCGGGGCCACCCUCCCUCCCACCCUUACGGGGUGGGAGGGGAAGGGGAAGGGUCUUUACUGGCGAGUCUUGUGGAGUUUCCAUGGUGAUGUUUACAUCCAGGGACAGUUUCGUCUCCCUGCCCACAACCUCUUGUCCCCCCUGCCCAGCCACCGGCCCCCUCCAUGUCACCUUCCCAGGCCUGUCCCCACCACCCAGCGGGGUGUGCUCAGGGAAUCCGGACUCCCUCAACUGUUGGAUUGAGCCCUGAGUGUUUGGAAAGGCAUGAGUCCGCCUUUCUGAUCACAAAUGUAGCGACACGCAAGUGGCUUUGGAUGGCUUAUGGGUCCAGUGUUGUUUUUAUUUCUGAAUUUAUAUUUUUCCCCAUUUCCCAGACUCCUCUUCUUCAUUCACACGGGUAAGGGGUAAGCUAGUGUUACCUCCGUGUGUGCCCAGCAGGCCCGGUAGGGGCCGAUCAUUGCCAAGUACCAAGACCGGUGAAUGGCUGGUUCCAGUCUUGUUUGGGGGAGGACUGUGGAGUUCCCUGCUCAGGGCCACCUCACACCCUGCUGUGAGAGAUGCGGGUGACCAGCUCUGAGGCUGACACCUGUACCCAGUGCUUAUGCCAGAGGGUCCCUUCAGGGCUUUCCAUGUGGAAGGACAGCCUCAAGUGGAAGGGAUGUCCCUCUGGGGUCCUUAUGGGGUUUUGCUUUUUUUUCCUGGGGAGCUGGGAAGAAAGUCCCCAUGAGCAGGUGAUGGCCAGGAAGGCUUCACUUUAGCAAAGCAGCAUAGGGUGAUGGGAGGGCAGUGGCCUUUGAGUCCAGAGCUCCGAGUUUGAGAUCUAGAGCCACAAGAAUAAUGUGUGAGAGGCUUUUUCUCUCUGGGCCUCUGCUUCCUAACUGGCCAAAUAGUACUGAAAGGCCUAGGAUGCUUUCCCAGCUAAGGAUGCACAGCUCUUCCUGACUCCAGGGUCUGGUGUCAGCUCGGUGGCCCGGCAGCACCACUACCAGAGUGUCCCUGUGCUAAUGAGGCACAGAGGGAACAUUCUAGAGCUUUGAGUGGGGAGCGACUAUUUCAGGACCACAGCAUGGAGCUUGGGGAGGUGUUUGCGAGUCUCCCUCUCCCUGUCCCUCCCUCGCUGUCCCCCACAGCAUCAGAGAUUCGCCCAGGCCCGCAGUGCACUAGGCACCAGCAGGGAAGGGGCUGAGCUGCCUACCUCCCGGGGGGGUGUUUGGGAUCUGUGACCCUGUCUUAUGCACCCUGCUGUGGUAGGGCCAAGUCCACAGUCUGUCCCACGUCUGUCCUGAGAGGCAGUUCCAGGAGAGGCCAGAAGGGAUGGCGGGCUCCCAGCUCCUGCCUUGUAGGGAUCAAGCCCCUCCCACACAGCCAUUGAGAAGUGCUUUGGACACACGAGAACAACUUUCCUGCGCCGGUGUCGCUCCUCCUGUCUCCACUUCCACCCAGGCCUCUCCUCAUUGCCAACACACUACCUCUUCCUCGUCUCCUGGGCUCAUUGUUUCCUCUCUUCACCCUGCUCUAGUUCCUUCCCUUCCACUCUCCCAACUUCUUUCCUCCUUUUCUUCCUGUUGCUCUGUUUUCUCCCAUUCUCUUCUGGUCCUGACAAGGUCAAGAGCAGGCCAGGCCAGACUCUCAGGUCAAGACCACGGGUUGCUUUCCCAAGCCAGUUCCGGUACAGCGGCUGUCCCUUCCUGGUCACAGUGGGUGGCACCACAGAAUUGAGCAACUUGAAAGAAAGUGCCCCUCAUGCCCUGCCUUCCGAUCCCCUCCCUCCCUGGUCCCUCCCUGUCCCUCUGCCCCGCACCCUGUCACAAUGCAGCCAUCAUGGGAACUGUCUCUGAUGCCAUGUUUCUUUUUGCCUUUGGGGUCAGACACACAGAGGGGACAUGGAGGCCAUCAGAAGGGGAGGUGCCAGCCCACUGUCUGUCCUCGUCCUCAGCUCCCAGCCUUGUCCUGGCACCAUCUGUACCUGCUCUUGUGUUUGUGGUGUUUCUGACUGGAGUUUGGGAUAAGCAACAUCCUCGGGGUCAGAAUAUAAAUGCCCAUCUUCUCCUCGAAGGAGAAGUACAGUAAACUGUGCAGUUUUCAAAACAAUCACAAACACUUCCUGGGAGGGAGAAAAAAAAAAAAAAGAACACUCUCCUGUCUGUGAAUGUCUGCUGUUCAUUUCUCUGGAAACUCUGGGUUUUCU